CUUCCUGUUUUCUAGUCUUGGUCCAUAGUCCCGAGGAGAGCCUUUCGGUGUCUUGCACGGUACAUGAUUCUUACCAGCUGAGAGGUGACAUGUGGCUUCUAACGACUUGGCUUCUUUGGGUUCCAGUUGGUGGGCAAGCAGUUAAUGCCGCCAAGGCUGUGAUCACCUUGCAGCCUCCCUGGGUCAGUAUUUUCCAGGAAGAAAAUGUCACUUUAAGGUGUGAGGGACCUCACCUGCCUGGAGACAGUUCUACACAGUGGUUUAUCAACGGCACAGCCAUUCAGAUCUCCACACCUAGUUAUAGUAUCACCAGGGCCAGAUUCGAGGACAGUGGUGAAUACAGUUGUCAGAUAGGUCCCUCAAUGCCAAGUGACCCUGUGCAGUUGGAAAUCCACAGAGACUGGCUGCUGCUCCAGGCGUCACGCAGAGUCCUCACGGAAGGAGAACCUCUGGCCUUGCGGUGUCAUGGAUGGAAGAAUAAGAUAGUGUACAAUGUGGUUUUCUAUCGAGAUGGAAAGCACUUUGAUUUUUCUCCAAGUUCUGAGAUCACCAUUCCAAAAACCAACCUGAGUCAUAGCAGCAUCUACCAUUGCUCAGGCGUGGGAAAACGUUACUUCGUGUCUGCAGGAGUGUCUAUCACAGUGAAAGAGCUAUUUGCCACACCCGUGCUGAGAGCCUCCUUGCCAUCGCCCUUCCCGGAGGGGAGUCCGGUCACCCUGAUCUGUGAGACAAAAUUGCUCCUGCAGAGUCCCGGUUUACAGCUUUACUUCUCCUUCUACGUGGGCAGCAAAACCCUGGAGGACAGGAACACAUCCUCAGAGUACCACAUGCCAAGAGCCGAAAGAGAAGAUUCUGGAUUGUACUGGUGUGAGGUAGGCACGAAGGACGGCAGGAUCCUGAAGCGCAGCCCCGAGCUGGAGCUCCGAGUGCUUGGUCCUCAGUCGUCCGCUCCUGUCUGGUUUCACAUCCUAUUUUAUCUAUCAGUGGGAAUAAUGUUUUUGGUGAACACGGUUCUCUAUGUGAAAAUACACAGGCUGCAGAGAAAAGACAAUUUAGAAGUCCCUUUGGCUUCUGAGCAGGGGAAGAAAGAAACUUCCUUUCAGCAAGCUAGAAGCGAUGACGUGUAUGAAGAAGUAGCAGCCACUACAAGCCAAGCCACACCAAAAGAGGCUCCCGACGGACCUCGAAGCUAAGUCGGUGGCUGUGGACCCGAACAGCCUGAACCUCCUUCCUCUCAGUGACACUACCGGGGCACAAAUUUCCCAAAGUUGACCCUGAAACUGUGGGACUAUGGCAUACAACUCUUAAAUAAAGCAAAUAUACAAACGGA